AUGCCUCAGCUAGCUCGUCAGGCUUCCAUGCCUCAGCUGGCUCGCCAGGUUCACAAGACUCGCCGGCUCGUCGGGCUCCAAUGCCUCAGCCGGUUCGUCUGGUUCCCGCGCCUUAGCCGGCUCGACAAGUUCCCGCGCCUCAGCAGAAGCAACCAGGUCUCAGGAGAAGUGACUUAUCUGCCCCUGGUCCCGGGACCGUCCCUCAGGUGCCUCGCGUCAGAGUGUGAGGUCAUGUCCCAGUCUGGAAAAGUCAUUCAUCUGUAUGUGGAGGUGAGGUCAGCCCCGGACCAGGAUGAGAAGGGGGGCUUGGGAGGAGGAGUGGAGGGGCUUGGGACUGGGAGUGACUCAGCCUCAGCACAGGAUGGGCCAGCGGGGAUUUUGUCCCAGCUAGCCUACCAGACAAAAUGCCAGACUCCUACCAAAGCUCCAACACGCCGCCUGGCCCAUAACUUCACCCACACCCAGUCUCCCUCCAGACACACAGUGAGCUUCCAGCUCCACCAAGGCAAUGGCACCCAAUCGCCUAGCAUCUCCCAGCAGCAGAGUUUACCAGCAGCACUGACCCACUCCCCAGCCUUUUCCGGGACUGGAAAGACCACCACCCCACACACACACCCCUCCAAAGGGCAGGGGGUGGGGGGCAAUUGCAAACGGUCAGUGGUCACCUUCAGCUACAUUGAGAAGGCUAACGUCAAGACAGUGGAGAGCCCACAGAACUCAGCCUGUCAGAGGAGGUCUAGGGAGGAGAGGUCGUCCCUACCUUCCCACCCCCGGAAUAAACUCAACGACCCCAUCUGGUUGGGUAGUCCUGGCUCCUCAUGCAGCUCCAGUCCCAAAAUAGCGUUUCGUCCCCCUGGGCGUCACCAGCAGCAACCGUCAGGUUCCCCCAGCCUCCGGCACCCUGUCUUGGAUCCCGUCGGUAUGGCGGCCACCCAGAGUGCCCUGGAAGAGUUUGGGUUUGGUUCCCCCCUGCUCAGGAGUAAGACCAUCCAUGGGGUCGAGCAGAGUCCCAGGGGCUCCCGCCACAACCAGCAGGCCCGCUGCCUGUCCUGGGCAGGCGGUUCUCCUGUCCAGCACCACAGCAUCUGCAAUAAUCUCCGCAAUAAUCACGCUGUGGAUGCAGAUAGAAACCGGGCCAUUUGCGGGCCAUUACCCAGGAGCUCAGCCUCCGACCUGCUUUCGUCCAAUGCUAGGCAGGCCGCUCUGGGCAUGUCUCCUAACUCAAGACCCAGGUCGUGCAUGGGGCUCCAGGCCCAGAGCCCACACCACUGGGCAGGUCAGGACAAAGCUUUAGCAGGUAGUCCAGCCACCCAGAGACAAGUGCACAAGCCCUCUAUCAGCAGUUCCUCCUCUCAAGGGACCAUCCUCCAAGUUGAAAAUAAACUAGGGGAGGGGACUGUACUGAACCAGCUAAGUUGUAGCAAACCCUCCUCCCCAGCCAACAGCCCUGAAGUGGCCCGGAGGCUAGCCGAGGAGGCUACUAAAGUAUCCUCUAUUUUAGCAGAGGUAAAGAGGAACUCAUUGACAUUGCACAACACUUUAGACAAAGUAGAGAGCCCCAACUCUGGAUGUAUGUCUGGAGAAGCCAACAGUUCUGUCCCAAAUGCACAACGGCAACAUUUGCAGCAUCAGACAGUUAAGAUGAAUAUCCCUUUACACGGCCCACACACACCGGCAUCGAAUGACACUGACUCUCACCAGGCUGGAAACUCUUUACCAUCGUCACGCACACAGGACACAAACUCUCCAACACUAACCAAUCACAGCACACAACAUGGAAAAGGGCAGGCUCUGGCUCAGAGCUCCAUUCUAUCAGACACAGUAGUGAGUGUUGGAGGGUCCCCGGCCCUGCCUUCACGCUUCAUCCGUCCAUCUCUUCCCCCAGCCGAGACCAGCUCCCCUCUGAGAGACCCCAGGCUGCUGAGAGCCCAGCUCAGAGUCACCGACAGCCCCACACUGCAUCACUGCCGGCCCCCUCAGUACACUAGAGAUUUCUGGUCCUUCGAGCCGGACGAGAGAGCCGACUUCGCCUGCUUCGACAGGGGGGAUAGUGCCGAGCUGGCCCGUAGACUCUACAUACGCCAAAGUGUGGUAGAAGCCCCUGUCAGCUGGACCUCCAUGCAGCCCUGGAGCCACCUGGUGGGGGAGGAGAGCAGAAACUCCAGUUCCAGCCCCAGGCACGGACCUGGAACCGGGCAGCCCCUAAGCGUGGCCCAGCAGAAGACGGCCGAGCAUAGGAGGAGGGAGGUUCUGCUGCUGGGCCCUGUGGUGCUGGACUCGCCAGAGGAGGAUGAGGGCCUGGAUGGGGAUGGGGAAGAGGUUUACAGACCAGGGAAACAGCGAGGCCUGCUUAGAGUGGAGGAGCCUCCAGAGGGGGAGCAAAUAGGGGUAGCAGGGUCCUCUUCGCACAGCUCCAGCGGGGUGACGGGCAGCCUGGGGGAAAGGGACUGUGUGUCCCCAGAGUCCAGUCAGUCCAGCCACCAGAGCAACGAGACAGGGGCUGCCACCUCAGGGAUACAGACGGACAGUGGCUCUGCAGUCCCAGGCCCCUCCCUCCACUCCCAGAGGAUAGCUCGUGCCAAGUGGGAGUUCCUAUUUGGGACCCCCGCUGAGGAGGCUGCCAGUAGGGGGGAGAAAAAUACCAUCGAGGCCGCCACAGCUCCUCCUAGUGGCCAGUCCAGUGAAUCCCCAACCCCCACGCCCCCCACCUCCCUCCCCCUCAUCUCGGCUAAUCAUGAGGUGCAGCACGUGGAGGUGGAGCUGGUGACUCCUCCCCCAGCGGUGGCGGGGGCGUCGCCCAAGACGGGCAUCAUCCGGAGGACCCUCAAGUACUCGGAGACUGACCUGGACGCUGUGCCCCUGCGCUGCUACCGCGAGACCGACAUCGAUGACGUGCUUUUGGCUGAGCAGGAGGACGCCGACUCAGCAUUUGGGAGUAACCGUAGCGUGAAAAGCACGUCGGAGCACAAGCGCGGAGGAGGAGGAGGUUGA